AUGUUCAAGAAACCAAAAACUCAAUCCUCGUCAUCACGUGCUGCUACAUCCAAAAGUUCCUCAAAUAAUUUACCUCUAUGGUCAUAUUUGGAAAAUCAAACAACACAAAAUGAUCAAAAUCUAGGAGAUUUCGGAGGGUUAUGGCUGUUUCUACAGGGCGAAAAAGCGAAAUGGUGUGAUCCAAACAUAACCUCCACGCCCAUUGUAGAUAUUGGUCAAUCAAUAGAAGGUGAAGUAAAGCAACCUCCACGGCUACCCCAUUCUUCUUCUUCUGAAUAUUCCUCCGAGGAAGAGAUAGUAGUCACGGAGCAGAAAGUGCACAAGUCGGUGCAACAACCACCAAAGAAAAAAGUUGAAGGUAUUGUAACAGUUAGCAAAGAGAAAGGGACGUCAAAGAAGAAAAAGGGCAAAAAAACCACGAAUGCGAAUGAAUCAAAAACUGACGUGGCCGUUAAAACGCAUGUUGAUAACGUUAAAAAGGUCCAUUUUAACGAAUCUACUCGAGUAAACCUUUCAUCCAGGUAUAAUAAAGAAAAAGAUUCAGCUUUGGUUGUAAAUAAUUCAGAGAAAUACGAUGCAAAGAUCCGUUUUAGGGUUCCGAUUCCUAUCAAGAUAUCGGAUGACCCUAUCCACGUUUUCAUCGAUAAUUCCAACAUCUUGGUUGGAUUCUUGGCAUACUAUAAGCAGCAACAAUAUAUAAAACGGACGCAAAAUCCUAAAGCUUCUUCGGGUCAAAGACAAAAACCCGCAUUAGAGUAUGAUGCUCUCUUCACAAUUCUAGAACGUGGAAGGAAUAUCGCACGUAGAGUUUUAGUAGCUUCCUCACCAUUGUAUCAACCGCUUGAACAAGCAGCUCAAACUGGUUACGAAGUUUCUGUUUUAAAGCGUGUUAAAAGAUCAAGUUUGGAUGACCUUAGUGAAAAUGAUUAUCAACAACCACCUCAACAAUUCGAGAUGGAAAAAGAACAAUGUGUUGAUGAGCUUCUCCAUCUCAAGAUCUUGGAAUCUUUGUUGGAUCAUCAUGCUCCAGCUACUUUGGUCCUCGCUAGUGGCGAUGGAAAAGAUGCGGAAUAUUUCCAAGGAGGUUUCCACAAAUGUAUAAUCAAGGCUUUGGAACGCGGUUGGAAAGUUGAGGUUAUCAGUUGGCAACGCCAAUUGAGUCAAAACUUCUUGAACAAGAAGUUCUUGAGCAAAUGGCAAGGCUUAUACCACGUCGUCUUUUUGGAUUGGUUUGCCAAAGAGUUGGGAUGUGAUAUGUAG